AAUUCUCAUUCUUGUACCGUAGCCACAAUGACAAUAGUUGUUGCCUUCACAAUGGACCUGUUGCUUUUAAUCUCUCUUCAUUAUAGACUUACACCGGACGGUUGAACCGUCCCACAGACUCGGAGGGCCUAUAUAACGUUUGCGCCUUAACGGCCUCGUGUUUCAAAAGGCCGAGGCACAAUUCCGUUCCUUCCAAGUGAGGCAGACUCGUUUUCAAAAUCAAAUAAGCAGAACGGGUUUAUCGCGUGGUUUCCUAGUUCGCUUGAUAAGGCUCAAUAAAUUUCUUCGCUGCUCACGCUCUGGAUCGUGGCCCGGUGCUUCGAUCACUCGUGAGCUCUUUUAUUCGCAGAACACGUCCAGUGUUCACUAGACUUCCCCACCCCCAUCUAAUUACUGCCUUCACGAAUCACGACUCGCAAUGCACACUUUCCUUCCGCUCAUUGCUCUCGCACUCGCCUCUCUGUCCCUGGUGCAAGGGAAAUCAUUAAUCCUCACCCAUACACACAAGGCAGCCGUUAAGCACAGUGCUGGCCUCGCGCGCGACCUUCGCGUGGCGUUCGGCGGCAUCCUGGCUACACAGCCCAGCUCCUCAUCAAAUCAGAACUUCUACUGCGUUGGAUCAGAUGGGGAGGGGGUCAGUAUGCCUCCAUCUAGCAAUUCAUCUUCAUCCCCGACCACGAACGGAAACCCAACUUCCACUGGAACGGCUGCGCCGUCAAGCACAAGCGUUGCACCAUCAUCUUGGAAGGUAGCAGAGAGUUAUAGUGGGAAGACGUUCUUCAACGGCUGGACCUUCUUCACUACAGCAGACCCGACCAAUGGGAAUGUUCAGUAUGUAGAUCAAAGCACCGCUCAGAGCGCAGGCUUAGUCGAGAUAAAUUCCGACGGGAACGCCGUGAUGCGCGUUGAAACAACGCCACAAGUACAGACCAAUCGGCAGAGUGUGCGGAUCACGACUCAAGCCACUUUUAAUGGUGGCUUGGUUGUAAUGGAUGCCGUGCAUAUGCCUACUGGAUGUGGAACGUGGCCUGCCUUUUGGACAAAUGGCCCUAAUUGGCCAGCUGGAGGCGAGAUCGACAUCGUCGAGGGCGUGAAUAACUACACGAACAAUCAGGCGACGAUUCACACUAACCCAGGAUGUGUAUUACCCUCUUCCAGCAGCGCCUCGCUUAAUAUAUCCGGAACAUUGGUUGCGUCUACCGACUGCUCAGCGUCCCAGACUGAUAACCAGGGGUGUGGAAUUCGUUCCAAUUCGAGCAACUCGUUUGGAUCAGGGUUCAAUGAAAUUGGUGGUGGUGUUUAUGCUAUGCUCUGGGACGACACCGGCAUUAAAGUAUACUUUUUCCCUCGUGGAUCAAUACCAUCAGAUAUCUCUGCAAAAGCACCGCAGCCUCAGAAUUGGCCGGCUCCUAUGGCCGACUGGCCCUCCACGGAUUGCAAUCCAUACCAAUUUUUCAAUAACAAUUCCGCUAUUUUCGAUACCACGCUUUGCGGUGACUGGGCAGGCGGCGUUUGGACUGGUACAGGCGUGCCUGGGCAAACAGUGAGCUGUGCACAGCAGACUGGUUUCUCAACGUGCUCGGCAUUCGUCCAGGCCAGUGGUGGCUCGUUCACGGAAGCUUACUGGGAAGUGUCCAGCGUUGUGAUCUACCAGAACACAUCAUGAAAUAUUCACGACACUGGAGGAAACACAAACUUUUUAUAGAUCUACCGUUGUAUUUACUAGGAUAUAUAUUAUAGCUCUACGUCUGGAAUUACACGGCCACACACGCCAGCCGGUGUUUAAAGUUA